AUGUCUCACCAAACUGGGAUUCAAGCUAAUGCAGAAUUAAAAAAGUACUUUAGCAAAUGUCGAGAUGGAAAAAUCAGAGUUGUAAAAAUUAGCAUAGAAAAUGAACAAUUAACAUUAGCAAAGUAUCAACCUGUUAAAGGAACAUUUGAAAAUGAUUUUGAUAAAUAUGUUCCAUCAUUAAUUGUGGAAGAUCUGCCGUGUUAUAUAUUGUACAGAUUUGACACAACAAAUUCCUUAGGGCAUGAAUGGCUUCUAUUAAGUUGGUCUCCAGAUAGUGCUCCUGUAAGGCAUAAGAUGUUAUAUGCUUCAACUAAAGCCACUCUGAAACAGGAAUUUGGUUCGGCUCACAUAAAGGAUGAAAUGCAUGCUACAAGUAAGGACGAAGUGUGCUUGAAAGGUUAUAAAGCUCAUGUGAGUGGGGUGAACGCCCCCGCACCACUCACAGAUAGGGAGGAAGCAUUAAAAGAGCUACAGCACAGUGAACAUGAUCCCAACUAUAGUACUGAUUCUAGACAGUCAACGAUGGGAGGGAUAUCGUUCCCAAUAACAGAGUCGGCUAGUCAGGGCAUACUCGAUCUCCAACAUGGUUCCUACAACUAUCUACAGUUUAAAAUAGAUUUAGAAGAAGAGAAAAUUUGCUUAUCAAAAGCAGCGGUUAUCAGUUUAACGGAGUUGCCAUCUCAAGUACCGAGUGACCAAGCGAGGUACCACCUGUACAUAUUCAAGCACACGCAUGAAGGCGAUCAUAUGGAGAGUAUAGUUUUCAUCUACUCAAUGCCCGGAUACAGCUGCAGUAUAAAGGAAAGAAUGAUGUACUCCAGUUGCAAAGGUCAAUUCCUAGAAAUUAUUGAAAAAAUGGGCCUCGUUAUUGCAAAACGGCUCGAAAUAGACGAUGGAAAAGAAUUGACAGAAGAAUACUUAUAUGAUGAGAUCCAUCCAAAGAGAAAUUUGCAUCGACCGGCAUUCGCUAAACCAAAAGGCCCCCCCAAUAGAGGGGCCAAAAGGAUAACUAAAGCACAAUCAGCUCAA